UCUCUCGAUUUCGCAUAGUCUCUCCAUGUCGCCAUGACGAAGAAGUGCUCGGCUGAACAUUAAUUUUUCCAAUUUUCUACUAUUUUUCUGAUUUAUUGAUCUCAAAAUGAGCAACGAAAGCAGUGAAACCAUGACAAAAAAAGAGGAAGAAGCCGAAAAAAAGAUUGAAAUUCAAAUCGAAGAGCACAUUAAAUUAUUUGAGGAUCCAACAGCGUCUUUCGAGGAGAAAAUGAAGAUUCUCGUGAAAGUUCCGACCGAAUUACAGCAUAAUCUUCUAAAUCGAGAGCGCUCCGAUCGGUUAUUCGCCAGUAUUCCAAUUGAGAUGUUUCAGAGGAUUUUUGAGCCAAUGCAUGAAGAAUAUGCCCACGCUCGACCAAUUCUCAUCCACAUUCUGUCGUUCCUAUGCCAAUGCACAUCUCCAGAAGUUCAUUUAAAAUUCAAAAUUCUCAUGGAAAAUGUGAUAAAAUCAGUUGCUCCGCGAGGAAAUAAGGCUGAAAUGAAUAGUACUGUCUAUAACGAUAUGUCACUUAUUGUGGCGGUUUGGGCGAAUACGCCCGGAGAGGGAAAAUAUGUAUACGAGCUUCUUCGUCACACGACAAAUUUCUUUGCGGCACAAAAGCAAAGCUUGGAUGUCGGACAAUUUUUGCUGAGCAUUCGAAUGCUGCUCGGCAAAAUCUAUCAAAUUGCACCGAUGGAGAGACCGGAACUAUUCGACAAUCGUGGCUGGCCAGUCGGUAUUCUAGCCGUUCUCCGAUGUCUUCUACAAGAACGACACGAGAAAUUCUCAAAAGAAAUGCGUGCUCUGAUGUGGGAUGUGCUCAGCUCGAUGACUAAAUUGGGAGGAAUCGCCUGGUUCAACAUUGAUAAGACGUUUGCGAAGAUGGCAAUUCAGAUGAAUCAUGUUGAAAUGCAAAUGUCGCUUCAUGAUCCUCAGAAUUUGGAUGUUCUUCAGUUUUGCAGGCAUUUGAGGAUAUUGGAGCUCUACACCAACGCAAUCUGUGAUAGCGAAAUGUUUGGAGAGGAUGGAAUGGAGGUUAUCCCACAUACGGUCGGUGAUUCGACGAAAUUCAUUCUCCUCUUCUGGGUCGAAGCUUAUCUCCAGAAAAUUCAAAUUCCAACUCAAAUGUCUCUUUCAAUAUUCAAUUUUGCCGUCUUCCUAUUUUGCCAUGAAGAACUUGCAAUAACGGAGGAAAAAGUACGGAAACACAUUGGAGAAGUCAUGUUGGAUACGGCAUUUACUGUACUUGAAGAAGCAUCCGAAAGUGAUUUACGCGGAGAAGUUGGGCAGCUAUUCAGUGAUAUUUUGGAACGACUUGCCGAACUGGAGGUUUUGAACGAACGUGUUCCGCUGUUUUUGAUGAAAUAUUUGGAUAAGAUUCGAUGUGCAGAAGAUUAUGAAGGAUGGAAGGGACGGGUUAUUGAUUGCAAAUGCUGCAUAAUGGAUCUCCGCGGACGUGUCGAUUGGUACAGUGUGAAAACGCUCAAAGAAUCCCGCCAACUUCUUCCAAAAUUCACAGAUCCAGAGCAACACGAACUUGGACAGCUAUUCACGAUUUUCGACAAAUUACCUCGUGUCAACUAGAAAAAUUUCCCCAAAUAUUACUUCUCCAAAUAAGUUCCGGGUCAAAAAUCAUAACUUUUUUUGCCUUUUAUAGAUUUUUUUGAAACUUUGGGAAUUUAUGUUAUCAACUAUGACCUUUCAUUUUGAAAUGGUCACAAAAUUUUUUGACCACCCGGAGUGCCCUAACUCGAAGCCAUUUUUUCAGGCAUUUUUCUGAUCUCGCUUCUUUGCAGCUUUGAACUAAGGUUUGUGUGCGGAUUUUACUUUGUUUAGAAUACAUCGUAAGAAAUCAACAAAAGUUUGGAAAAAAUUCGUCCAAAAACAUUUUUUUUGGUCGGUCGUCAAAAAAACUUCAAAUUUUUUUUUUCGAAAGUUUUUGAUUUUUAGUAUAAAAAUGAUGUGUGCAAACUAUUUUUAAACAUACAAAACAUUUGAGUUUGAAAUUUGGAUCUUGAGAAAUACUCAAAAAACUCAAAAAUUCUUCGAAAAAAUUAUGUUUUCUAUUAUCAAAAUAAAACAUUUUUUGACCACCGACCAAAAAAAAAUUUUUGGACGGAUUUUUUCCCAAACUUUUUUUGUUUUCUUACAAUGUAUUCUAAACAAAGCAAAGUCCGCACAUAAACCUCAAUUCAAAGCUGCAAAGAAGCGAGAUCAGAAAAAUGCUUGAAAAAAUUGGCUUCGAGUUAGGGCACUUGAGAUGGUCAAAAAUUUUUGUGACCAUAUCAAAAUGAAAGAUCAUAGUUGAUAACAUAAAUUCCCGCAGUUUCAAAAAAAUCGAUAAAAGGCGAAAGAAGUUAUGAUUUUUGACCCGGAACUUAUUUGGAGACCUAAAAUUAUAGAAAAAAUACGAACGCGACAAAAAUAAACAACGACGCAACGACACUCCGCUAUUUUUAAGCCCCGCCCACGAUUUCAUUUGCACUGAAAUGUGGCGGCCGCAGUGCAAAUGAAAUCGUAGAGGCGGGGCUUAAAAAUAGCGGAGUGUCGUUACGUCGUUGUCUAUUUUUGUGCGAUCGUAUUUUUUCUAUAAUAUUGCAUCUGAAAAUCUCUUGAAAAUCUCAUGUCCACUCGGUUUCUCACUCUUUCUCUUUCAAAUCCAUUUCUUUUUACCUACAACAUUUCUGAUCUCUUCCCCCAAUUUUUUGUCCAUUUAUUUACCUCGAUUUCCCCACUGAAAAAAUUGUUGCCAAAAAUUGUUCUUAUUUAAUAAAUCUCCUUUUAAAAAAA